CGCGUGUUAUGUGUUGAUUUGGGGUGGGGGUCGCUGGGUAUGUUUGACGUUUAAUUGAGUGGUGGCUGCUUGUUGGAAACCAUAACUUUGUAAACGUAGUACACAGGUACCUGUGGAAAGGUGAUCCAGCUGCAUCGCGACGCGCUGAUCGCCGCUGGGUAGCAGCGCCACCUAGUCACCAUGGCCGAGGCGGCCCCCGAGCCGGGCGACGCCGACAGCAUCGGAGAGUACUCGGGCUCAUUCGACUCGGACUCGUCAGAGGAACCGCAGGACGAGCCGCAUCUCAAGUACGAGCGCAUGGGGUCAGACCUGGCGCUGCUGCUAGCCGAAGAGCCGGCCACGUGCCUCUGCGUGCACCCCAAGCUCGUGCUGGUCGGCACGGGCCCAGGCCGCGUGCACGUGUUUGACCACUUGGGGAACCGCGUGCGGCCGGCGCGGCAGCCGCACACGCUCUGCGUGAACCAGAUCAGCGCCGACGACGCCGGGGAGUUCGUGGCAAGCUGCUCCGACGACGGCUCCGUUUGCGUGCACGGCCUGUACUCGCGCGACAACAGCCACAGCCUGGCGUUCGAUGCUCCCGUCAAGGCGGUAGCCCUGGACCCAGGGUACGCUCGCGCCGGCGGCGGCCGCCGCUUCGCCGUCGGCGACAGCCGCGUGGUGCUGCACGAAAAGACGUUCCUGGCGCGCCUGCGGCCGACCGUGGUGCAUGAGGGCGACGGCACGGUGCAGACGCUGAGCUGGCGCGGCCCGCUGCUCGCCUGGGCGUCGGACGGCGGCGUGCGCGUGUACCACACAGAGCUGCGCCGCGUCAUCAGCCUGAUCCGCUGCGACCCGCGCGCCGCCACCGAUGCCGCCGCCGCCGCCGCCGCGCACAUGGAGAUCACGCACAUCUUCCACACCGAGUUCCUCGUGUGCGGGCUGGCGGCGUGCGGCGAUGAGCUGGUGUUGUUGACGCAGAGCGAGACCGGCGCAGGGCCGCGGCCGCGACCGCAGGUGCGCGUCAUCCGCCCACUGCCUGAGGACUACCAGGAGCUCUCCACCGACGAGCUGACAGUGCGCGGCUUCCAGAACUUCUCGUCCAACCAGUACCGGCUCGACUGCCUGCCGGACGAGGGUGCAUUCUUCGUGCUGGCGCCGAGCGACGUGAUCGUGGCGCGGCCGCGCGACACGGACGACCACCUCGACUGGCUGCUGGAACACGGCCGCUUCGAGGAGGCGCUGCACCAGCUGCAGGCGGCCGGGCUGGCCGUGCGCCGGCACUGCCUGCAGGACGUCGGCCGCAAGUACCUGGACAGCCUGCUGCAGGAGGAGCGCUAUGAGCUGGCCGCCUCGCUCUGUCACUCGAUCUUUGGCCGUAGCCGCGCACUUUGGGAGGAGGAGGUGUACCGGUUCGCGGCGCUGCGCCAGCUCAAGGCCAUCAGCGGCUACCUGCCGCGCGGCGACUUCAGGCUCGACUCGACCGUCUACGAGAUGGUGCUGUACAACUUCAUGCGCACGGACCAGGACGAGUUCCUGCGGCUGGUGCGCGAGUGGUCGCCGAGCCUGUACCACUGCGGCGCCGUGGUGAACGCGGCGCUCGAGCAGCUACUCCACGACGCCGACAACCCGCGCCUGCUGCAGGCGCUCGGCUUGCUCUACACGCACCAGGGCCGCCACGACAAGGCACUCGCCAUCUACCUGAAGCUGGGCCACGCGGGCGUGUUCGAGCUGGUGGCGAGGCACGGCCUGCACGCGGCCGUGGCCGACCGCGCGGCGGCGCUGGCGCGCGUCGAUGAGGCGCGCACCGUCGAGCUGCUCACCGACCGGCCCGACCAGGCGCCGCCCGAGCGCGUCGUGGCCGACCUGGAGGCGGCGCCGGCCACGCUCUACCGCUACCUGUGGCGGCUGCACCAGCGGCACCGCGAGUUGAGCGGCAAGUACCAUGACCGCCUGGUGGAGCUGCUCGCGGACUACGAGCGCGGACGGCUGCUCGAGUUCCUGCGCGGCAGCGACGAGUACUCGCUGCAGCGCGCGCUGCACGUGUGCCAGACACGAUCGCUGAUCGGCGAGACGGUCUACUUGCUCGGCCGGACAGGCGCGACGCGCGAGGCGCUGCAGCUCAUCAUGAGCCAGCUGGCGGACAUCCGCAAGGCCAUCGCCUUCUGCAAGGAGCACGACGACGCCGAGCUGUGGGACGACCUGAUCGCCUACUGCCUCGACCAGCCGGCCAUGGUGAAGGAGCUGCUGCUCAACAUUGGCACGCACGUGGACCCGCGUCGCCUCGUGCGCCGCAUCGACAACGGCCUGGCCAUCCCGGGCCUGCGCGACGCGCUCGUCCAGAUCCUCCACGACUACAAGGUGCAGCUGGACCUGCAGGAAAACUGCCGGCGCAUCUUGGUCAGCGACUGCUUCCUGCUGCACCGCGAUCCGGCCAAGGUGGUCGACCUGGUGGUGUUCCACUGCCGCCACGGCUUCCAUCGCGCCUGCCUGCCGGCCGGCCGGCCCGACUGCUGUCUCGUGUGCCGCAAUGAGCCGCGCGCGGGCUUUCGCUGA